ACGCUAGGAAGUUUGGUUGAAGAGUAGAAAGGGGAAGUUGCUCAAUAGGUUUUGACGAUCAAUCAUCUCAAAAAUUGAAACUUUAUCACUAAAACCCAUUUACCCAUUUCACGAUAAAGAAGAAGAUACCGGUUUUUCCUCGAAAUGAUACCCAUCUGAUUACGAUCAAGAAACAAAAACCCUAAAAACAGGGUUUCUUUCAGUUUUACAUAUCCCCUGUUUAUCUUAUCUUUAACAUAUUGAUGAAAUGGGGUCGUCAACGACCGGAAUAUGUAUUCCCCAGAAGUCAAAGAAAAGAGUGUUUCCAGGGAGUUCACCGGAUAAUGGGCCUAUAAGUCACAAGAAUAAGAUGCUUAAACAAAAUGAGGAUGCUUUGGUAAUGAUAUCUUCAGGAACUAUAGAUGCGGUCCAGUCUUCAGAACAGGUCAAGUCAGAUAAAAAGGGAAAGGGCGUUGUUACGUCAUCAACACUUGGUGGUCCAAUAGAUAUAGAUUCAGAUGACGAUUCCCGUUACGGCAAAGAUUAUAUAAAUUCAUCUUCCGAUGAGUCUGAAUCCGAGGAUGACUAUGCAGUUUUGCAGUCUCGUUUCGAUAAAAUUGAUCUUCCUACCGGAGUAGAAGCUGCCAUUCCACAGUUCUCGGGUUUGAUCAAGACGAAAGACAAAAUGAAGGUUCACGCUAAGCCGGCUAACGGUUCAAAAACCUCGGCAGGUUCAGGUCUGCGGGUACAUAGGGGUGCAAUGAAGGUUCAUGCUGAGCCUGCCAACGGUUCAAAAACAUCAGCAGGUUCGGGUCUGCGGGUACAAAGGGGCGCAAUGAAGGUUAAAUCUGUAAAGAAACCGGUCAAAACUCGACACCAUAAAGGGUCCUCCGGUGCAGUAGGAGACAGUUCCAAUAAUAAGCAUGACCGGUUAGAGCAUGUCACUAAUCAUGGAGAAGUUAUAUCUAUGGAAGAUGAAACCGUCGUCCAAGAUUCUGGCAACAAUGACGUACUUAGGAAGUAUCGAAACUUCAAAAAGUUUGAUAUUGUUGAGGAUUAUUCGGAUCAUCACUAUUCAGGGUCAAGUUCAGCGACGAUGGAGCCACCGAGAAACUGGGCUAAAAAGAUUCAAGAAGAAUGGAGGAUUCUCGAGAAAGACUUGCCUGAUAUGAUAUAUGUUAGGGUUUAUGAAUCGAGGAUGGAUCUUUUAAGAGCGGUGAUAAUGGGACCUGAAGGGACGCCGUAUCAUGACGGUCUUUUUUUCUUUGAUGUGUGCUUCCCUAAAACCUAUCCUCAUGAUCCACCUCAAGUGCACUAUCACUCUGGUGGCCUAAGAAUUAAUCCAAAUCUUUAUCACAAUGGCAAAGUUUGCUUGAGCCUUCUAAACACUUGGGUUGGUUCGAAGAAUGAGAAAUGGACACCUGGCGUCUCAACUAUGUUCCAAGUUUUGCUCUCUAUACAGGGUCUGAUUUUGAACGCGAAACCAUAUUUCAAUGAACCUGGAUAUGAACGAACAAGCGGAUCUGCUAGUGGAGAAAAUAAAUCACUGCAAUACAAUGAGCGCACUCUGGUUCUGUCACUCAAAACUAUGGUUUACACUAUGAGGAAACCACCCAAGCAUUUUGAGGAUUUGGUGAUUGGGCAUUUUUGUGAUCGUGCACGAGGUAUUCUGACAAGUUGUAAUGCAUAUACGAAAGGUGUGAGAGUCGGGUGUGGUGUUGACAUGGGUGAGCAAACGGGUUCACGGGGGUUUCGGAAUGAUGUGAAAGGGUACAUGAAGACACUUGUAGAAGCAUUUAAACAAAUAGGAGUAGAGAAUUUGGAGGAAUUCUUGCCCCCAACUCAGAAUUUUACUCAGAAAAUAAGGGCCUUUUUGGGCUUUUAAAAGAGAGUUUGUGGGGAGCUGAUUUGUGAUCAUGUAAAUAACUUGGAAACUUGUCCCUUUUAACCCCUAUUUUAUGGUCUACCUUAGAAAGUAUAGUAUAGAUAGAGUCCUUUGAUGUUUAAAAAGCUUGGAGCUUUUGGAAGAGUUUAUGCCUUUUAAGUUGAGGGUUUGGGUUUUUCAUUAAAAAAAAAGACUGAUAAUGUGUUGGAUUCUUGAUUAUAUGUUGGGCUUUAUAAGUGGUAUCUAUUAUGCAAA